AUGGUUACGAGCCUUAUGUGCAGACUUCAUGGCAGUAGUGGUCACUUACAGACAAUUGUCGUCACGGUUUUGGUGCCAAACAACGGAUCCCAUCGAUGGUUGUGCGCUGAAGAGCACCACAACACACACGACACCAUCACUCAUAUGGAGAGCAACGCCUCACUCGAAGCGAACGCCUCGUCGUCGCUGUUGUUCGCGGCGGCCGUCGGAGGCGGUGGACAACCAAACGGCGUCUCCUUUCAGGACUUCUUCGACGACCGGAGUAUCGAUAGUUUAGAUCAACUAGUCUUCGACGGCAGUCACAUGAGCGCCGCCGCCAGUAAUGAGUUCACGAGUGGCUACGAGUUAGCGGCCAAUGAGCGCCACCGCGACGGCCGCACCGAUAGUACGCCACUCGAUGGCCGUCUGACGGGUGAUAACGGCAGCGACGACGAGGACGGGACGGAUGAGCGCAACGACGGCAACGAGUCGUCCAUCGGGUGUGACGUCCCCUUCGAGUACGUCAUUCAUGAGCACCAAAAUGACAGCUACAUCCACCACACCAUCAGCCAGGACUCGAUCGCACUGCACAUAAACCCGGGCACCGGUCCUAUGCCUCGCCACCCGUCGCACGUGACGCUCACCAUCGAGACGCGCGACGAGGCGUCGGGUCUCAAAGAGAUCAAACGGUUCCGGUGUACGUACGAGGGGUGCGCGCGUACGUACAGCACCGCCGGCAACCUCAAGACCCACCAGAAGACCCACACCGGGGAGUAUACGUUCGUCUGCUCG